AUGAGAAACCAGCCUAUUCCUGCUUGCAAAGGGAAUGUUUUAUAUACAGGUAUACAGUGCUCCUGUGCAGGCUGUGACUUUUCAGUCAGAUCCAGGCACGGUGCGAGGGCUAAGCCUGACCUCCCCAGAAGAAGAGACUGGCCCAGUGACCCCUGGGCUCUGCACCAAGCUGCUCGCCUGCAAGAACAGACCACCCGCAGCCCCUGCCCCGGCUCCUGUAGCGGAAAGUUAAAUCCCAAGGAGGAAUGCUGUACAGACCGAUCAGUGCUUGCCCAGCCAACAUUUGUUUUUGAAAAGAACAGCCGUCCUUUGAAGCGACCUGCAGAAGACCCAGUUUGCAAAACUGAAAAUGAUUUCAUUAGUUGUUCCAGAAAGCAUGCAAGAUCAUCAUCUUUUACUUUCCAGAAGUCUGACUCUCAGUCUAACACAGAUACAACUCUCAAUCAGAAAAGAGGGAGAUCAUCUUCCUUUACCGUCCUUCCUACCUUCCCUCCCUCCCAGCCAGUAAAGAAGAAUAACAUAUUCAUGACCUCAGCUCUUCAAAGAAACCCUGACUUGAUCAAAAGUACAAAAGAAGGAUCCUUGACACAAAGUCAAUUGCGGAAUGUCAUUAGACCUGCCAUUUUACAACCUCCACAAGCCCUGACGUGUCCUAAAAAUCCUGUAGUAUCUCUAGUAACUAAGAAAGAAGCACGUGUUCAGCUAUCUGAAGACAACUCUUAUUCCUCAGCUGAGAAUUCCGCAAGUUCCAAAACAGCAGUGAGAUCAUCUACUACCAUGAAUCUUUCUAGCUGUAAAACAACACCAAGUCAGUUGUUUGAAGACAGAAGUGUACAAAACAGCAGCAAUUCUGAUUUUGUGUUUGGAGAAAACAUGGUUGAGAGAGUUUUGGUAAGAUAUGUAAAUGCUGGCAGGCUUUUUAUCAAGAGUCCUGAAAAGCAUUCCAAACCGUGUGAUGAAGCUGAUUCGUACAAAGGAGAAAUAACAUCCAUGUACAUAGAAUCUUUUCAUGUCCAUCCACAAACAAAAACAGCUUUGUUGAGGAAUGCAACACUAAUUGAAUCAGCAGCUGCUUGUAUUUCCAAGCCAGUGGAGAAAAUUCAGUUAGAUAAAGUUGAAGUUGUAACUGGAGAAGAAGCAGAACACAAUGUAUUACAGAUCAACUGCAAGCUCUUUGUAUUUAAUAAGCUUUCUUUAACCUGGAUUGAAAGAGGCAGAGGAUCCCUGAGGCUUAAUGACACUUCUAGCAAUAAAUGUGGAAUGUUGCAGUCAAGGCUAAUUAUGCGAAACCAAGGCAGCUUGAGACUGAUUCUCAACACCCGACUCUGGGAUCGAAUGGUUAUAAAAAAAGCCAACAGAAAGAGCCUGUGCUUCACUGCAACAGACCAAGAGGACCACUCCAUUCAAGUAUUUCUAAUUCAGGCAAGCUCAAAAGACACUGGAUACCUGUAUGCAGCAAUACAUCAUCGCCUUGUGGCAUUGCGAAUCUUUGCUGAGCAAGAGCCAGAUGCUAAUCAAGUAGACACAGAGUCAGAAACAGCUUUUCAGCCAUUAAACUGCGAUAGUGAUGAUGAAGAUGACGAAAAAAUAACUCAAGUGAACAGCAGUGGAUCUGAUCAUUCUGGAUGGAACCGCAGGCAGUCCGUAGUCUGCUCAUGACACCUACCAGAGGUUACAACACCACGGCUGGGAACUUACCUUCCCAAAAUGUCUAAGCUGACUCAUCAGUCCCUGGGAGGAGGAAAUCAGAUUCAUUUUGCUUUAUGACUUUUAAGCAAAGAUUAAUUUUAGGGACAGCAUAAGUUUAAUACAUUGAGAAAGAACUUGAGAUGCACUUUUGAGGAUUCUAAUUGGCCUGGUUUGCACUGAGAUAGGAAUGACACAAUGGCUUCCAAUAUCUAAGAAAUGUUGCAAAGGCUUCAGAUUUUAGAAUGAAAUAUAUUUAGAUGCAUUAUUAAAGUAAGGAGUUUUAUAGGGAAUAAAUGUUUAUUCAUCAUAUUGAUGGAUAAAACCACAUAACCAUAAACUA